UAUAUAUUCCAAAUCAAACCCCCAAUAUGCAUUCCCACUUCUCCAGAAAAAUGGAAAUUCAAUUGCUGGUGUUUCUCCUCCUGUGCCUGUCUCUCUUCUUUCUUUCAUCCUCCAAUGUGAAUUUUGCCAGUGCUAAAGAGUCAUCAGCCAGGGAGAACCCAUUCACGCAAAAAGCAUCUUUGAUGCGAUAUUGGAGCAAGCAGAUAAACAAGAAGUUGCCAGUUUCUCCAUCUAUUUAUAACACUCCAUUCAUCCUUUCCAAGGCGUCGCCUUUGAACGCUGUUAACUCAGCUACUUUUGUCAAACUUGCCGCUCAAAAUGACCUCUCUUCCCACCUCUCCACCUUCUGUUCCUCUGCCAACCUCUUGUGCUUCCCCGACUUGUCAUCCAAUCUUGACAGUCAGACACAUGUCCAUGACAAAGACUCCAGCUUUGCCAUCUAUCGCAACCAGAACUUUACUAGUUACGGCACGAGUAGAGCCGAUGGGUUCGAAUCGUUUAAGAACUACUCAGAAGGCGACAAUUUCGCAAUCGAUACCUUUCGCCGGUACAGCCGAAACUCUCAGGAUCGCAGAGACGAGUUUUCACAUUAUGCUCACGGUGCAAACCUUGCUGAUGACAACUUCAACACCUACGGCACCGGCGCUACCGGGGGCGAAGGUGAUUUCAAGAAGUACAAUGAGAAUGUAAAUUUCCAAAAUCUCCGAUUCAAUUCGUAUGCCAAUGAUGGUGAAAGCAGGGCUCACAGAUUCUCGACUUACGUAGAGAAUGCGAACUUGGGCGUUGAAUGGUUCAUUAGUUAUGGGAAGAAUGGGAAUCGAUCCCCGAACGAGUUCGUGGAAUAUGAUCAGAGUACGAAUCUGGCUGAAUCUAAUUUCACAAAUUAUGGUAAUAACGAAAAUGGAGGUAAUGACACUUUUAAGUCUUAUGGGUUUGAAGGGAAUCAAGUUCCUAGCUCUUUCAAGAGUUAUGGGGAUGGAGGAAAAGGUGGUAUAGAAAGCUUCACUGGUUACAGUGAGCGUUCCAGCGUCGGUACUGAUGCGUUUAAAUCUUAUGCCAAGAAUUCCAAUGCAGAAAAGAUCAAUUUCACCAGUUAUUUUGGGCAAUCUUUUGCCUUCGGAGACAACUUCACCGGUUACGGUCAGGGAGCUGAGGGGAAGAGUACCGUUGGGUUCAGUACAUAUGGAGAGGGAGACGGAUUAAGAAAUUUCAAGGAAUAUGCUAAAGAGGGUGUCACUUUUGCCGAGUACAACGUCACUCGAGCAUUACCAGCUGCCAGAGACAAUCUGGUCAAGAAAUGGGUAGAGCCAGGCAAAUUCUUCAGGGAAUCAAUGUUGCAGAAAGGGACUGUGAUGCCAAUGCCUGAUAUUAGAGACAAAAUGCCCAAAAGGUCAUUUCUUCCUCGAUCCAUCACCUCAAAAUUGCCAUUCUCUACUUCCAAAAUCUCCGAGCUCAAGGAAAUAUUCCAUGCCAGUUAUAGUUCUAGCAUGGAGACCAUACUUCUGGAUGCUCUCAAUGAAUGCGAGAGAGCACCUAGCCGCGGAGAGACCAAACGCUGUGUGGGUUCUGCUGAAGAUUUGAUUGAUUUCGCCACCUCUGUCCUAGGCCACAAUACGGUGGUUCGCACGACUAAAAAUGUAAAUGGGUGGAAGCAGGACAUCGAGAUAGGAACGAUGAAAGGGAUCAAUGGAGGCAAAGUGACAAAAUCAGUCUCUUGCCACCAGAGUUUGUACCCAUACCUGCUCUACUACUGUCACUCUGUUCCCAAAGUACGGGUCUACGAAGCGGAUAUCUUGGAUCCACAUACCAAGGACAAAAUCAAUCACGGUGUAGCCGUCUGUCACGUGUGA